CUGAUCUGGGUGCAAAAACAGCUGAUCCUGGCUUGCCACAGAAGCAUCCCUUAGGUACAAGGCUUACUGCUAAGAAAACACAGUGCUCUUCUAGGGGGUGUGUACCUGUGAGAAACAGGAAGCAGUGCAGCAACUGCCUGUGCAAAGAGACUUGUAUUUCUGAUCAGAGCAGGUGUGCACUCUCUCUGUGGAACGUGUUCGCUCCAAGCAUCUUGGCAGUUGUGCUGCUCAACAGAAAUUUUUAUCUUCUUUUGGUGUGUGUGCGUGCGAACCACCGUGGGUAAAGGAAAAUGACUGCAUUACAGCUGAAAGAAUUAUCAUAUUCACGUCUGUACAGGAGAAGACGGGAUCGCCCAGAUAGCCUGGGUCUUCACGGGUUACCUGAGCAGAAGCUAAGCAACAUGGCCAAUGCCCUUGCAAAUGCCAUGUGCGAGCGCUGUCGAGGAGGCUUUGCACCGGCAGAGAAGAUUGUGAACAGCAAUGGUGAGCUGUAUCAUGAGCAGUGUUUUGUGUGUGCCCAGUGCUUCCAGCAGUUCCCUGAAGGGCUUUUCUAUGAGUUUGAAGGAAGGAAAUACUGUGAACAUGACUUUCAGAUGCUUUUUGCUCCUUGUUGUCAUCAGUGUGGGGAGUUCAUUAUUGGUCGUGUUAUUAAAGCUAUGAAUAAUAGCUGGCAUCCAGAAUGCUUCUGCUGUGAUAUCUGCCAACAGGUACUGGCAGACAUUGGAUUUGUGAAGAAUGCUGGCAGACACCUUUGCCGUCCAUGCCAUAAUCGGGAGAAAGCCAGGGGAAUGGGCAAAUACAUUUGUCAAAAGUGCCAUGCCAUCAUUGAAGAACAACCUCUCAUCUUCAAGAAUGACCCUUACCAUCCUGAUCACUUCAACUGUGCCAACUGCGGAAAGGAACUUACUGCUGAUGCCCGAGAACUGAAGGGGGAGUUGUACUGCUUGCCUUGUCAUGACAAAAUGGGAGUCCCCAUCUGUGGAGCGUGCAGGAGGCCAAUUGAAGGGCGAGUGGUGAAUGCUAUGGGGAAGCAGUGGCAUGUAGAGCAUUUUGUUUGUGCAAAGUGUGAGAAACCAUUCCUAGGCCACCGUCACUAUGAGAGGAAGGGACUGGCAUAUUGUGAGACUCAUUACAAUCAGCUCUUUGGUGAUGUUUGCUUCCACUGUAAUCGUGUGAUUGAAGGAGAUGUUGUGUCGGCCUUGAAUAAGGCAUGGUGUGUACACUGCUUCGCAUGUUCUACUUGCAAUACUAAGUUAACACUCAAAAACAAGUUUGUGGAAUUUGAUAUGAAGCCUGUCUGUAAGAAGUGCUAUGAGAAGUUUCCGCUGGAGCUCAAGAAAAGACUGAAGAAAUUGGCUGAAACUUUGGGAAGAAAGUGAGGCCUUCUGCUUCAGAUCUCAUCUUGCUGUGCAAAAUUUAGGAAGUGAUAUUACUGCAGACUUAUUUUUGUUGAGUCUAUGAAACCUAAACAAAAAAGUAUUCCAAUGCAAGAUUAGCUUCAUACUGAAAUGCUUGCCUCAUCACCUUGACAGUAUCCCUCUAAAGGCUCUUUACAUCUUAUGUAACCUCAUAUCCAACCAUUUAAAAUCUGUAUUUUACACAUAUAAAUUUGUAUAUUGUAUAUUUGCUUAGCUAGAGGCAACUAAAAAAAUGUCCUAUUACUGCAGGGGGACACUGGUGCUGAGUAGCCUAAUUGUGCAUAUCUAGUCUAGCAGAUUCCCUCACCAAGUAGACCACACCUCAUUUUAAAUUAACAUCCAGCACAGUUUGUUCCUCCAUGCAAAGCAGAGAACAGACGGUGUGCAAGCAAAUACACUGAGGCUGCAAUUCUCUGCAGACUUACCCGGGAGUAAGUCCCAUUGAACUCAGUGGGACUUCUGAGUAGACAUGUAUCAGACUGCAUAAUUAAGCCCCUACAAGAGAAUUUUACUGGAUUGUGGCCAUAGAAUUGAAUGUUUCUCCAUACAUAUGCAUUAUUUUAUUUUAAUUUAAAGUCACUCUUGAACUGUAGUUUAAUGUCUUUUACCAAAGCUUUUGUGGCAUAAGUGAGGGAUUAGAAGGUUCUAGCUCCUGAAAUAGCUUUUACUUUACUGCCAAUGCUGGUACUUAAAUGUUAAAAAUUGUGAGCCCAGUGCUCACAGCUCAUAAAGUUUUUGAAACAAGUUCUUAUUGUUUGACCUCUAAUUGUGAACUAAAAACAAACAACAAUCACAUUUUCAGACUUUAUGCUGUUGCCCUUGGGAAAACGUUUGAUAACAAAACAAACCAGCAUUCUCAACAUUUAGAAGUCCAUAUUCUGCCAGAAAGCCUUGUUAACUAUGCCUGCCAAUUUACCAGGAAAAACCCUACAUAAUCCAAGGCUACAGUGCUGUAUCCACUUACCUGGAAGUAGGUCCUAGUGAACUCGGUGGGUCUUACUUCUGAGUAGACACAUACAGGAUUUCAGUGUUUAUAGAGAUUCUAUCCUUUACAGCUGCUUGGAUGUGAAUCUUAAUGAAUUAAUGAAGCCCAGUACAGCAAAUACAGUAAUGCUUGUUCAGAGAUUAAUAACGUUUGUCAUUAAUCAAUGUAAGCAGAAUCUUGGUUGUAGUUCUCAAAGAAGUGCAGCAAGAUGACUCUGGAAUGCAUCAUUUGAAGACUGCAGCCCAAAGUAACAAAUUGCAACAUAGUUCUUCUAUAUUGUGAGAAAUAUGUCUAUGCAGAGCUACUUGGAUUUUGUGGAAUCCCUCUAUGUACCAGAAAUAUUCCUCUGUGUUUUUGUAUUUCAUUUCCUUGUGCCUUAUUCUGCCAUACUUAAGCAAUAUUAGUCAAAGUAUUUACCCUUUAUAUGCUGUUAUUUUGUAUUUUUAUGCAGAAAAUAUAUGCCCAGUAUUUGAAAAGGUUACCUGUAUUAAUCAUUUUGGACUGAAGAAUUUUAAUUUUUUAAUGAUGGAAGAUGCCCAAGUUUUUCAAAACAAUUUUUUUCUCAGCUUAGUUCUUUCAAAAUAGCACAUGAAUUAAAAAUCUGAAAAUGUCCCGGUUCUGACUGAAAACUUCAAUAAAAUACAGUGUUAACUA